CAAACUUGUUUUUUUUACUGAACUCACUAAAAAUUUGUUGUUGGUAAUUAAAGAUUUUUUUAUAAAUAGCACCACGAGGAAAUCAAAAUUUAUUAGAAAUAAAAUUUAAUCAUUCAUUAAAGUCAAAAUGUAUCUCAUGUAUUAUUUGAAUGAAAAAGGAGAAAGGAUUUACACUUUGAAGAAAAAAAAUCCUGAUGAAUUUCCCACCGUAACAGCUCAUCCUGCAAGAUUCUCACCAGAAGACAAGUAUUCCCGCCAUAGACUGAUCAUCAAAAAACGAUUUGGAAUGUUGUUGACGCAAACCAAAGAGCCGAAUAUGUCAGAAACAACAAUUGAAAUCGAUAAUGAAACUGAAAUCAAAAGCACCUCUUCUGCUGCUAAUGAUGAGUUUUAUGAUGCAGAAGAUAUUGACCCAAUAAAAGAUGUUAAAGAAGAUGAUGAAUUAAUCGCAGAAAUCGAAGAAGCAAUAAGAUCAUCAUCGCCAGUAAAUUCGAAUGACACAAAAUUGGCUGAAGAUGAUGUUACAGUUGAAAGCCAGAAAAAUGUUAGUUUAGAAGGCACCAAAAACAUUGAAAAAGAAAUUUCUAACUUUGCAAAGUUGGUUGACCAAACUUUAAAAAAUGAUGAAAAAUCUCUGAAUGAAAAUUCGUCAACUGAACAUACAGAAAAAGAAAUUUCUGAGUUUACAAAGAAGAUUGAUGAAAGCUUAAGGGAUAAUAACAAAAGUUCUCAGGAAAAAUCGCAAUCAGACAGUUCACUUCAGAUACAAUUGGAUGAAGAAAGAGCAGAGAACGAAUUAUUAAAAGAUCUCGAAGAUGAUGAUAAAAAUGACUUCGAAUCUGUAACGCAAGAGGUUGAAGAUUUGCUGAACGAUACAAUAAAUGAGCAAGAAGAAGAAAAGAUUUCAUUCUCAAUGACGAAGAAUGAAAUUGUCGCUGAUGUAAAAUCUCCAACUCCCAUUGAUGAAAAAGUGAUUGAAGUUUCAGAAGAUGAAUCAGAAAACUCCCAAAAUGAAGUUAUCGAGAAUGAUCAACCUAACGAAAACUCUACAGAAAAAGCUAAAGAUAUCGCGGAGCAGAUGGAAAUUGACACAGAAAAAUUGGCCGCUGAUGUAAGAUCUCCAACUCCCAUUGAUGAAAAAGUGAUUAAAAAUGAAAAUUUAAAAAUUAUUACAGAAAAAGAAUCUGAUCCUAAAGUUAACGUUAUCGAGAAUGAAAAUGAUCAACUCAACGAAAAUCCUACAGAAGAAGUUGAAGAUAUCGUGGAGCAGAUGGAAGAUGAAAUAGAAAAAGUUGUCGCUGAUGUAAAAUCUCCAGCUCUCAUAGAUAAAGUUAUUGAAGAGUCAAAAGUUGAAUCAGAAAAAUCUGAAAGUGAAAGCACAAAAAAUGUAUCAGAAGUUAGAGACGAAGAAGGUUCUAUCGAUGACAAAGAAGUUGAUGGCAAAUCUGACGAGCUUUUACUCGCAUGUGAUUCACCAAAAACUGAUCUACCUGUCAUUCAAAAAGACGACGACACAUUGCCAUCAACAUCCAAUGCUGAUGUAACUGAUGCCAUUAUAGAGAAAUCACCAAAAGAAGUUAAUACCGGCGUUGACGACGCAGAAAUCAUUGAUGAAAUUGAAGAGAAAAGUUCUGACAUUAUCCAAAUCAAGGAGAACACAAACAAUGAAGCUGUCUCGGAUGUUGAUGAUAAUAAAAUGAAUAUCGAUGAUGAACAAGAAGAUUAUGAACUGAUCUUAGAGACCAUUGCUAAAAAGAAAGAUUUUUCACCCAAAGAGAUCGAGGACAAACAUUUAUGUAUAGUUUUGGAUACUAAUGCAGAUGAAGUCCCAAAUCCAGUAUUGCCAUCACUCGAGUCAAGUGGAGAUUUCACUCCUCUUAAAUUAAAAUUCGCGAGAAGAUUUUCAACAAAAGUCGGAAAAUUAUCAAGAGCUGAGCUUGAGGAAUUAGUGACACUUAAGAUUGUUGAAAAUAUUAUGUUCACUUCAGACACUUCGAAACUUUUAGCAACACUUCAAAAACAAGAAAAAAUCAUUGAGAAGUUUAGGAAAAGAUUAGAUGAUGUUGCUAAGCAAUAUAAUGAUUUGGAAAUGAUUCAUAAGCGUGUAAUGAAAGAUCUUCAAGAUCGACCAAAUGUACCAAUCAUACCAGUCAAAAUAACACGAGCGGUUGGUCUUCAAGUGUCUCAAGGAAUAAUAAAAGCAAAAUCGAAUGCUUUAUCUGUACAACAAAAAGGUGUUAAAAGACCUUGUGAGCCCAGCACAUCUGCAGCAGCAGCAAGUGGAUCUGAUUGUACGAAACGUAAGAAAAUUAUUACACCAAUGCGACCUCCGUUAAGUGAUAAGGAACGUGCAAAAUUAGAACAGCAAACAAAAGAGGAACAAAAUCUCUUAAAAAAUAUCAAAUCACCAUCACCUAAUAAAAUUUCUGUAGCUUCCGUUAUUCCUGCAUCUAUAACUGUAGUGCCAAUAAAUGGAACAGCUUCUAAGUCCAAGACAAUGAACUUAACUAACGCCAGUAUCGAUCUCACAGAUGAUGAAGAAGUAAUGACUUCAAUUCCUUCUUCAUCUAAAGUAGUUCCCGUUCAGCAACCUCCAGCUCUCGUUGCUAUUCGUGCAAGUAGUCAACCUCAACAUAUGCCUCGUAAUCAAUACAUGAUGCGGUCACCAACUCAAACUAAUCUCCAAAGAUUUGUACCACAACGAGCAAAUCCUGUCCAUCGUGUGUCUACAAUAAAUAUAAAUACUCUGCGAAUGCAUCCAGCACCACUACCUAACACAGUUAACACAGCUCAAGUUUCUAGGCCAGGGAUGAAAAAAAUUCCACCUCGACCUGUAAUUAAAAUAAACAACGUUCAAAACGGACAAAAUGGGAUUAUCGUAUCUUGGGCAAUUGAUAAUUUGACGGCAGAUUAUGCUGAAAUCCAUAGUUAUCAAAUUUAUGCUUACGAAGAGACGAGUUCACCUCCAUCGGUUGAUAAUUGGAGACAUGUUGGAGAUGUAAAAGCUUUACCAUUACCGAUGGCAGUCACACUUACACAAUUCCAAGAAGAUGUAACACUUCUAUCAACUACUAUGAAAUCUAUUUUACUUACACCUAAGUCAACCAACACUAAUCAGUUAUCAGUUGGAUCCUCAAUAAAAAGACAUGAAUCAUCAUCAUCAUCAUCAUCAACAUCAUCAUCUAAUUCAAGACACCAAUAUUUUCUGCACGUAAGCAGUAACACAACAACGAACACAGAUAUUAUCGUCGGAGAAUCAACUGAAAAAGAUCAUCACAGUAAUAAAGUGUUUAGCAAUAAUAAAAAGCAAGUGAUAAGAAACAGAUGUAAUGUAAAAACCGAUGUUGACAAAUUUAAACGUGUCGCGGAAAGUGUUUGUGAAAGUGGAAAUAUUUCCAAAGACCACAGUGAUGAUCCAAGACGUAAUAUCAUAAAAUUACAACAAUUAAGUGAUAACGAUACAGAGUUGGAGUCUCUGGAAAGCCGUCCGCUCAUUGUGGAUAAUAAAAUAACAAUUGAAAGUGAGAAUCAAGUAAAUGGUAAAGUCCCAAAGUUGAUAAAUCUUCGUAAGAAGAAUGGAACAACCUUAAUUUUUCAAAAGAAAUCAAAUGCUCAAAAGCAUCCUAAAGCGAAUGACUAUCAAGAGUUAGAAAGCUUCAAGAAACGGCGCAGUUUACCGCACUGGCCUAAUAACACCGGUUUUGCAAGCAACAAAACUGAUACUAGUAAUCGCCAUUCGUGGUAUGAUUCUGAUUAUCAUCAUCAUCAUCAUCCUCGUGCCAUAAAAGAAGAAAUUGACGAAAUUGACCCUUCGUUGACCCAAUUAUCUUACAACGAUUACAAUCUGGCUGACAUAAACAACAAGAAGACAAGUUUUGGAUCAUCUGUAUUAGAAGGUGCAAGUAGCGUUGAACAUGUACCUGAAAUAAUAUCAAUGAAGUCAUCAAUCGAUGGAAAUGCUACAUCGAGGCGAUGGCGUAUCGAGCAAUUUCUCAAGAAUUUGGUGGGAAAGAAAUCAUCUUUAGUCACAACAACAGCAGCAAGUCAACCAACAGCGCCGGUGUCAGUUCAAAAGGUAAAGAAAACGCCAUCAGAACAUGAUUUGUUACAACACGAACAAGAUCAUCAAAUAAAUCCAAAUCCUGAGAGUAUUUGUGGCUCAAUGAUGUCGUUGAACAAAGAGAAGCAACAAAUUCUUAAUAAAUCAACAGCUUCUCUCAACUCCACAUCAAUGUCGAUGGUUCAUCAGAAGCUGUGGUCAGUUGUUCCACUUUUAAGUCGAAAAGAUGGCAACAGCUGCAGUAAUUUACUUUCAUCGAGUGAUAUCAAUAAUAAAGUGGAGGUGAAAAGUGGAAGUAUAAGAAAAUGUGAAACAUUCUUAGCUUUGUCAUCACAUGAUCCUAUCAAUAAUAUUAAUAGCUGUAAUAAUUAUAAUAAUAGUCGCCGCUCACAAUAUUUAUCAGUUCCGUCAACAUCCGGAUGUAAUAGAAAUCAUUCAAAGUCAAGCAACAAUCUUUUAGAGCCAAUAAAGCCAUUAAAUCGUUUACGCAACAGUCAAAGUUGUUAUGUUGUUGAGCAUGGAAUGAGCUCAUCGUUGACCGAAUAUGAUGCCUUAGGUGUAACGAAAUUUACAUGCAAAUUAUGUUUGGGUGAAUGCACAACUGAUGAUAAGAUGACAAAGAUAGCAUCGUGUGGCUGUUUCUUUUGUACUGAGUGCAUGAAAGCUUAUGUAGAGUUUGAAAUAUCGGAAGGUGCUUACGAGCUUUCCUGCCCCGAUGCUUUAUGUCAAGCACAAGGAAUUGUAUCACUCGCUGAAAUAUCUCAAUUGGCAACACCAAGUUUGGUUGCAAAACAUCAUCGAUAUCGAUUAAAUAGAGAAGUCGAAUUGGAUAAAAAUCGCUUAUGGUGUCCGAAUAGAAAUUGUGAAACAAUUUGUUCAGUUGGUCCACUUGAUAAGCCGUCAUCAUCAUCAACAACACAUUCACAGCCAUCUUCAUCGUCAACAACCGCUCAGUUGCUUUUACCACGAGGUGUUUUAUGUCCAACAUGCACUUUGGAAUUUUGUUCAAGUUGUAAGAAGCCGUGGCAUCCGUCGAUCACAUGUGAAGAGAAUUCUAGAAAAGUCGGUGGACGACAUGAUUCGAUGUUGCUUUUUGACAAUGACCUCAUCAAAUGCUGUCCAAUGUGCGCUGUACCAAUAGAGAAAGAUGAAGGCUGUGCACAAAUGAUGUGUAAGCGUUGCAAGCACGUUUUUUGUUGGUAUUGUUUGGCGAGUUUGGAUGAUGAUUUCCUGUUGCGUCAUUAUGACAAAGGUCCUUGCAAAAACAAGCUUGGCCAUUCACGAGCAUCUGUUGUUUGGCAUCGAGCGCAAGUUAUUGGAAUUUUUGCUGGAUUUGGAAUUUUAUUGCUUGUCGCUUCGCCACUUUUAUUACUUGCUGCUCCAUGCAUUGUUUGUUGCAAAUGCAAAAUAGAAGAAUCAACAACAGCAUCAAAACUCGACGUUUUGCCUAUGGAAGAUGUUCGUCGAACUGAUCAUCAAGUAUGAGUUUGAGACAACAAAUUGACCUUUGCUCUUGCAAAUAUUCAUAAAACUUCUUAAUUAUAUUUGAUGGAAGUUUAACAAAUUGAAUUUCGACGAUAGUCUAGUUUUAUAUUCAAACAAAACCAGUUGUUUGUUGGGAUGUGAUGACACAUUUUACAUUUUUUUGUUAAUUUUUUUUUAUUUCUCCUACAAAUAUGAGAAAAAGCAAACAAGAGAAAGAAAUAUUUUUUUAGACGUGCGAAAUAUUCCACGAGAAGAUGAGCGAUUAUGAAUCGACAUUUAUUUUUUAGCUAUUUAAGGUUUUUUUUCCUUUCUGCAAACUUUGAUGUAAUUUUGAAGGCGACACAAAUUUCUUUUGCAUUUUUAAUUUCUGUUUUCUUCCUUCUCUUGCGGUUAUCGUCCGAGAUUGAAUUAAAGAAGAGAAAACUGAUGGAAGAAGAAAUAUUUUUAAACACGUCACUGAUUUGUAUUAAAUAAUGUUGGAGAAGACUCAUCAGUUUGCAGUGCAAGCCUUGCACUCAAAUUGGUUGAUUAAUGUUUGUUGAAUGGAAGAAAUAAGUGAAAAGUGUCAUGCCAUUUAAAGCUUUUAACAUUUCUUGAUCAGUUUCGAUGAUGGGAAACGCAAGUCAACUUGAUAUUUUUACAAAUGUACUUAAUUAUUCGUUAGAUGAUUACAUAAAACACUUGCUGCUUAGAAUGUUAGAUGAGGGAGAUUUUUUGAAGAAAGAAUGAAGCAAUUUAGAUCCGCAAAUUAUCCCCAAACUCCUUCUGAAAACAUCAGAAAUUUAAUAGAUAAUAAAAAAUUGGAAACAGACUUUGGAAAAGUUUUGGAGAGCUUCCUUGAAUUUCCUAAGUGAAUUGGUUUGAAAGCUUAACUCAUAACAGCACGGAAAUUCAUGAAACUCUCCAGAAAUUUCAAAAGUUCUCUUAUUGGAAUUGACAGCUUUGUCUUCCAACAAAAACAUUAAUUUAAAGAAAACUAGAAAUUUCAAAUAACAUUCCAGAUUUACCUACUUACGGUUGCACUUAAUCUUCUUCAAUUAAUUGAAAGAAAAACAAGAUAUAAUUAAUAAAAUCAUAAUUUCGUUUUGUCAUGCAAACAAGUAAAUCACAUUUGAAGAACAAAUAAAGUCAUUUUUCGUUUAUUUUAUUCACGUAA